GUAUGAUAAUCCAAGCAUUUAUGGUAGGUCGGUAAAGCGGAACGCGCGUUAUCCAGAGUAUUGCGGAUUCGCGUUUCCACGAAGUGGAUUGUUCAUGCUUCCGUUAUUUACAAUAUAGUAUACUUUCCUCGUACGUCUCUUUUUACGUUCGUCACGUUUUCCCGCUCUCGAAUGUGUCGUCACUGAGUGACCCCAGCGCCCGGAGUGUAGCAUAUUAGCUUUCGCCACGCGUCCUACAAUUCUGUCGUGACGCAAGCUGACGACACGUCAAAAAUGGCAGAUUCUGCGCCUAGCAAGGCUGACAUUGAGGAAAUUUUCAAGAGGCUACGGACUAUCCCGACGAACAAGUCAUGUUUUGAUUGUAACGCAAAAAAUCCAGCAUGGGCCAGUGUAACAUACGGUGUCUUCUUGUGUAUCGACUGCUCAGCUGUACAUCGUGGUCUGGGAGUGCAUCUCACCUUUGUCAGAUCUACCCAACUUGAUACAAACUGGACAUGGCUACAAUUAAGAAAUAUGCAACUGGGUGGUAAUGCCAAUGCUAGAAAAUUCUUUGUGCAGCACAAUUGUACUACAAACGAUGCCCAGCAAAAAUAUAAGUCACGUGCUGCUAUGCUAUACAGAGAGAAAUUAGGCCAGGCAUCUGUGCAAGCUAUGCGCCGUUAUGGUACAAAGGUUUUUCUUCCUAUCAAAAAUAAAACAAUGUUACAUUUAGAAGAAGGCGGUACAGAAAUGGUAUCGGAAGAAGCAAAUGAACCAGAUUUCUUCAAACAACAUGAAAUUUUAGAUUCGCAUCAGAACGAAAUGAUAAUUCCAACGGAAGAAAAAGCAUUUCUCACAUCUAAUACAAUGCCAAGCAAUGAUAGUACAGAGAAAAAUGCAUCAGAAGUUGCCUCCUUAGGACCUUGUGUAAAACUUUUUGAUCCUAUCUCAAACGUGCAAUCUGAAAGGAAACCUACCAUAGGCUGCAGAACAAGCCAGUCUAAACGUCCUGGCGGUUUAGGAAAAAAAACCGGAAGCUUAGGUGCUCAGAGAGUUAAAACAAAUUUCGAUGAAUUGGAGAAAAGUGUCGCGGAAGCGCAUAAACUGGCGCAAGAAAAGAAUAAAGAAGUGACAAAGGAAGAACAAGAGGAACUUGCUACUCGUCUGGCUCAGCGAUACAAAGAAAAUUUGAGUCAGCAGGCCAAGAAAGUGAAUGAGAGAGCAAAACAUAUGGAUCCAUUAAAAGCCACUCAGGCGGAACGUCUUGGAAUGGGAUUUAAUGCACGAAGUGGUGCAACUCACUCCGCACUUGGCGACAUGAAGACAAUAACGCAGGAGUCAAAGGUCAUAACAUCAGCAGAAGUACUUUCGGGAGAAACGGAUACUUUCUUUACCUUAGACGAAUUUUAUUCGGUUUACGCUAAUAGUAAGCCGCCGUCCUCACGUAGUGAGGAAAUUGUGGUUGUGACAGAACCAGAACCUCCGAAACGAUUAGCCCCCUCCACUCGAACCAUACUUGCUAAGAGUGAUACAAAAGUUUCGUCUACCGUCGAAGGAGAAGCUCAGAAAAAGUUUGGUAGCGCCAAGGCUAUCAGUUCGGAGCAAUAUUUUCAAGACAGUAACUCUGACAAUGCGUGGGAACGUAAAAAUAAUUUACGUCGUUUCGAGGGUUCGUCCAGCAUUUCGUCGGCCGAUUAUUUCGGCACCGAAAGCUCGACAUCAACCUCACCGACCUCUUCGUUAUCGAUGCGUUUGACCGCGGGAAGAGCUGGUGUCGUAGAUCUUGACGAUGUCCGGGAAAGCGUGCGUCAAGGCGUAAACAAAGUUGCCGGGAGACUCAGUUCGCUCGCAAAUGCGGCGGUCUCUUCUAUACAAGAUCGUUAUGGACUCUAAAUGGAAUUUAUCGCAUUUUAUGAAAACUUGUUAUAAUACUUAUUCGGACCCGGUCUUGUCCAUUGUUCAGAGUUGUAAAUAAAAGCUUCUAAUUGAG